AACCCUGCAAAUAUCACCUACCUACUAGGGAGUAAGAUUUAUUUUAUUUUCUCAUUUAUAAAAGGCGUUUGAAAUCACUAGCGGCAAUUUCUCCGUUUCUCUCUCUCUUCCUCCCUUGAAUCUCUGUCUUCUGUCUUACGGCUAGAUCGAGGAGAGAGAAAGCUCUGCCCUUAGAUAGAGAAAGAAGAGAGAGAAAUCAAUCAAUCAAUGGCGUUUUUGUCGUUUGCUGGAAGAGUUCUCUUCGUCUCCGUCUUCAUCCUCUCUGCUUGGCAAGAGUUCAAUGAAUUUGGUGUUGAUGGUGGGCCAGCUGCUAGGGCUUUGCGUCCAAAGUUCAAUGCUUUAUCAAAACAUGUGGCAUCAUACACUGCGCUUAAACUGCCUCCAGUUGAGAUGCAACAUUUAAUCGCUGCCUCAAUAGCCUUGAAGGGACUUGGGAGUCUUCUUUUCAUAUUGGGAAGCUCUUUUGGAGCUUAUCUUCUGAUUUUGCACCAGGUGCUUGCUACUCCUACCUCUUAUGAUUUCUACAACUAUGAUGCUGAUCAUAAGGAAUUUGCGUUACUUUUUGUCAAAUUUACCCAGAAUUUGGCAUUGUUUGGCGCUUUGCUUUUUUUCAUUGGCAUGAAGAACUCUAUGCCAAGACGACAAGUAAAGAAGAAGGCCCCCAAGGCAAAAGCAAUGUAAGAUGAGUUGGCUGUUUAAUUUAACAGUGGACAAAGACACAAGCACAUGAUUAUGAGAUACUACUACCCUUUUCGGACUUAAUUUUUGUAUGCUUUGUAUCCAUUCCCUUCUCUAGUUGUCAUUCGCUUCCCUUUAUUUUAACCUAGCACUUAUCCUAGUAUUUUUAUUCGUCUCUCCCUGUUUUUUGGGGUCAAUUUAGACUUGAGAUAAUCUUCAAUUGCUAUUUAUGCAAAGAUAUUGUAGGGACAUUUCAUAUUGGCAUGACGAUACGUUGUUAUUUAGACACA